CUUCUCGCUCAGUCUUGAACUCUCCCGACCAAUUUCUUUCGCGAAACUAGUUACGAAUAUCCCUCCGUCGAUCCGCUGAUGUUUUCCUUAUGAACCCUUCUUCAUCGAUAUUCAAUUUUGAUUCUCUCCGUGUGUUCUUCACGUACUGCUACCAUGAAGAAAUCUGCAGAAGGGUUUUGUCAAGAUCAGCAUGAUUGCAAGGAUGACUCAAGGACAAGUAAGAAGAGAUCUGCGGCGGCUUCUCUUAAACUUGGAGCUGCAAGAGGCACUAACAGCGAAAAACAAGUAGGCCUGGGAGAGCAAUCGGAUAAAUCUCAUCAGAGUAAUCCAACACAAGUGAGCAAACUUCAGCCAGUACCUGUCAUGAAAAGAAAAAUCCAGAAAACUGCAGGUGCAGCCCCGAAGGUCGCUUCGGCUUAUAAUUUGAGAAGUAGAGAUCAGAAAUCAGAAGGUGCUAAGGAUCCUCCAGCUUAUAAUCUGAGGAGUAAAGUUCGGAAAACUGAAGGCGAAAAUGCUUCUACAAUCCAAAAGAGGAAAACCCCAAAAAGGGAUAGUUCUAAAGAUUCUUCAGUUGCUCUACAAAAGAAGGGAAUUCUGAAAACAGAACUCCAGAAAACUAGCUCUCCAAAAAGUUCUGCACCUCCCAUUAAAAAGAUUGGAACUACAAAACCUUUAACUACAUCCCUGGCUGGCCAUGACAAGAACCAACCUUCCUCUAGUCAAUACGAACCAUACUUCCGUGAGCCAAUUUUUCAUAUCAGAUGGGAAGGUGAUAUGGAAAAUGGGCCGUUUGGGCAAAACUGUAUAUUAUGCAAUAAGGAUCUUUCCGGUGCAACAGAAGAUGACGACUCUGAACUUAAUGAUGAUUUCGAAUAUGAGGAUGAUGAUGAUGAUGGUGAGUACGAAUAUUAUGAUGACCUCACGCCUCCUCUUCUUCCCGCUGUUGAUAUUCUGCCGUGUGGCCAUGCAUACCAUACUGAAUGCUUGCAGCAUGGCACACAUGAAAAACAGUCGAGCGAUCCCCAAUGCAUUUUGUGUUCAAGAAUGGCAUGAAGAACACAAUCUAGUGAUACCCUUUUGGUGAAGGAGAAAUUAAUCGACCAUUUUUAGUAUAUGAUCAAAAUUCCUUAUAGAAGAUAGAGAGAGAGUACAGAAACUAAAACUGGAGGUUCUUGUUCAAAUGAUUGAAUUUAUGUGCCAUUUCUCCAUGAAGAUGUUCAUUUUCUUUAUUG